ACGCGGUGACUUCCGGUGAAGCGGAAAGAUGGAGGAGUGGCGGAUGGGUGGGUGAAGGAGUGUCAGUGGUGAACCCGAACUCCGGGCUGCCCGCUGGGAGUCGCAACAUCCUUUGGGCGGUUCUGGGACUCUUCAUUAUGUAGGUGCUUUGGCGGAUAGACCACGAACAAUUCUCGUGUCUGGCGUUAUGGCUACCACGGCGGAACUGUUCGAGGAACCUUUUGAUGUUGAUGAGUACAUUGAACGCCUGGCAUGGAGAACACCGGGUGGAGGUUCCAAAGGUGGGGCAGAAGCCUUUGAUCCAAAAAGGCUUUUGGAAGAAUUUGUGGAUCACAUCGAGGAGCUGAAGAUGCUGGAUGAACGCAUCCAAAGGAAGGUAGAGAAGCUGGAACAACAGUGCCAGAAAGAAGCUAAAGAGUUUGCAAAGAAGGUUCAAGAAUUACAGAAAAGCAAUCAGAUUGCUUUUCAGCAUUUCCAGGAGCUGGAUGAACAUAUCAGUUAUGUUGCAACAAAGGUUUGUCACCUUGGAGACCAACUGGAGGGGGUAAAUACACCAAGGCAACGGGCUGUAGAAGCGCAGAAACUGAUGAAGUAUUUUAAUGAGUUUCUGGAUGGAGAGUUGAAGUCUGAUAUUUUUACAAACCCAGAAAAGAUUAAGGAGGCAGCUGAUAUCAUUCAGAAGUUGCAUCUCAUUGCUCAAGAGCUGCCAUUUGAUAGGUUUGCUGAGGUGAAAUCAAAAAUUGCAAGUAAAUAUCAUGACCUGGAAUUACAGUUGAUUCAGGAAUUUACAAAUGCACAGAGGAGAAAUGAAAUUUCCAGGAUGCAUGAGGUUGCAGCAGUUUUACUCCAUUUUAAGGGUUAUUCUCACUGUGUGGAUGUGUAUAUAAAACAAUGCCAGGAGGGUUCGUAUUUCAGGAAUGAUCUAUUUGAAGAUACAGCUACGUUAUGCCAACGAGUAAACAAAGAAGUUCGAGAAGUCUUCAGUAGCCCAGAGAAUGUGAUGGCCAAACUUAUUCAAAACAUUUUUGAAAUAAGACUUCAGAGUUUUAUCCGCGAUAGAUUAGAAGAAAGUAAAAGAUCUGAUGCAGAACAAUAUUUAAAGAACCUGUAUGAUCUGUACACAAGGACCACAAAUCUAGCGAGCAAAUUAGCAGAGUUUGACCUUGGCACUGAUAAGCAAACAUUUCUGGCUAAGAUGAUCAAAGGCAUUUUCAUUUCCUAUUUGGAAAAUUAUAUAGAAAUUGAGACGGGCUACUUGAAGAAUAGAAGUAGUAUGGUGUUACAGCGUUAUUAUGAUUCCAAAAAUCAUCAAAAGCGGUCUUAUGGCUCUGGAGGUAUUCAGGAUCUAAAAGAGCGAAUUCGCCAACGCACCAACUUACCACUUGGACCAAGUAUUGACACACAUGGUGAGACUUUCCUGUCACAGGAGGUGGUUGUCAAUCUUUUGCAGGAGACCAGACAGGCCUUUGAGAGGUGUCAUAGGUUGUCUGACCCUUCUGAUUUACCAAAGAAUGCUUUUCGAAUAUUUACUAUUCUUGUGGAGUACUUGUGCGUUGAACAUAUUGACUAUGCGCUAGAGAUUGGACUCGCAGCAAUCCCAUCUACAGAUUCCAAGACUGGAAGCCUUUACUUUUUAGAUGUCGUACAACAGGCAAAUACUAUUUUUCACUUAUUUGACAAACAAUUUAAUGACCACCUCAUGCCACUAAUAAGCUCUUCUCCGAAGCUUACUGAGUGCCUACAGAAAAAGAAGGAAGUGAUUGAACAGAUGGAAGUAAAACUAGAUACAGGCAUUGACAGGACAUUGAAUUGCAUGAUUGGACAUAUGAAGCACAUUCUGACUGUUGAACAGAAAAAGACAGACUUCAAACCAGAGGAUGAAAACAACGUGUUAAUUCAGUAUACAAAUGCCUGUGUCAAAGUCUGUGAUUAUGUUAGGAAGCAAGUAGAAAAAAAUCGAAAUUCAAUGGAUGGGAAGAAUGUGGAUACUGUUCUAACAGAAUUUGGAGUUCGUUUCCACCGCUUAAUUCAUGAGCAUCUUCAGCAGUAUACAUACAGUUCAAUGGGUGGCAUGCUGGCUAUCUGUGAUGUAGCUGAGUAUCGGAAGUGUGCCAAAGAGUUUAAGAUCUCCUUGGUGUUGCAACUUUUUGACACGCUACAUGCACUCUGUAAUCUUCUGGUAGUAGCACCUGACAACCUUAAGCAGGUCUGUUCUGGAGAGCAGCUAACUAAUCUUGACAAGAACAUCCUUCAUGCCUUUGUGCAGUUAAGGUCCGACUACAGAUCAGCGCGUCUUGGUCGUCACUUCAGCUGAAAUCCUUGACAUCUGAAAUCGGAAUAUAGUGUCAAAGCUUGAUCAGGAGUUUUGUGCUUAGGCUGUUUGGAUCUUCGGAAGCUUUAAAAGCAGGGUAUGCCAACCCCUGUUAUAUAGUCAUUUACAAAUGUAAUUGAUGGGAAAUACAUGACUUCACUAAAGAGCAGACAUUAUUGAACUAUUUCAAUUGAAAAAGAGGCUACAUUAAUUCAAGCUAAAUACAAGUAAUAUUUUUGCACAAUUUAUGCUCUAACAGUAAAUUAUCCAGAGCUGAACCUCUCAGAAGCCACUAAUGUAAUUCAAGUUUUGCAUAUAUUGAUACAUUCAUGUUUAUAAAUUCUAUCAGGGAGGUUGUUGAAGCACUGACUAUUAAGUUUAACUUUCAGUUCAGUAAACACUUGUUUAAGAAAUGUAUAAUGUUUUAUCCAGGUAUAAUGGAUUUUCUUCCCCUUGCUGUACACAGAGGUAACAUUAUGUUAAUGGUAUACUUGUUUAUACAGGAUCAGCUACACAGGUGCCUCUGCUUAUAAAACAUAGUUAUUGGGAUAUUCUCUUGGACUGAAAGUGGGAUGAGUAGUUGAGGACGAUGCAGUGUAGCACGGUAAUGCUAUUCUUAUGUAAGUUAAUGCGGCAAUUUUUAGUUAUUAACGAGCUCUGCAGGUGGCGCUCCAGAAAAUAUAUAUUCCCUUUGCCAUCUCUAAGGUUAAUGUUAUCCACUGUGGCAAUAAUGCAUGAUUACUGAAGGAAAAAGAUGAACUGAGAAUUUCAAAAGUCUUCAAACUGUAAGUUGCAGGAGGAAAUGGAUUGGGUUUUCAGUGUUGGUUCGUUUUAAUCGCAUUUGCCAUGAAAAUAAAACAAAGUAAUUUCAACAAAACUCAAGUUGAUUUUGUAGAUUAUUUAUUUGUUUUUUGAAUAAAAUUUGAUCUUCCAUAUGCUGGCAUUAUGAUCACAAAUAAUUGGCUUGUAACUUUCACAUUUUAUAAUACUACUUUUUAACAUUGUACAUUAUGGAUUUGUUUUGUAUUUGACUGUUUAUAUUGUAAUUAUUUUAUGUGCAUGCAUGCUUUGAAGCAUUUUUCUUGAGUUAAGAGUAAAAAGUCAAAUCAGUAAGUGGAAAAACUGCAAAAUUAUUUUACAGAUGGUAAAAGUGUAAAUACUGCUUCAUUAAACUGCCAGUAACCUUGUAUACAAUGUAGAGAAGCAUUUCUCUUUAUUUACUAUUGUCAGUAUUCCAAAAUACUGUGCAAUGUGGGGAAAGAGAAUCAGAGAACCACAGAAUGCUACAUCAGCUACAUUUCUUUCAUUAGACUGUCAAGUUGAAUCAUUAAAUAGAAUUUGCUGGUAACAAAUCCAUAAUUGGCUUUCUCAAUCCAUGCUUCUAAUUCUAUUCCUGACUAUUGAUUUUAUAACUUUUUCCACCAUGUGGGUUAAAGUAGCUAAUCUGUGGUUAUUGUGGUAAAAUAUCUCAUUUUGGUGCUAUCUCAUAGGCACCACCCCAAAUCUUACAGAUGCUUAGAAGAUUAUUGCCAGUUACUUUCCCCAGCAACAUAGAAUACAUUUUAUCUGCAAGAAGUGAAUGUUUAUUGUAUUUACAGCCCCUCCAGAAGCCCAGCCACAGCUUUCUUUGAGACUGCAGGUGCAUCAUCUUCCAGUUUAAUACAUUCUUGGUUGUAUCACAGCUGUACCUUCUGUCUCCCAUGAUUAGAUAUCCUUUUUGUUUCCUCAUUAGCUCCACUACUAUUCUUAAAGGCCUUGCCUGCCCUCAUGCUUAUAAGGACUUCCUUUUGUGUUUGCUGCCCAUCCUUGCUCUCUGCCUCUUGUUUUUUUAUUAAUUUCCCUUCAAGUUCUUGUAAUCAGCCUGGUUGUCAUUUUAAAAGCCAAGCUCUUGUUGACUGCUCAUUCCUUCAGCUCCAUUUCAUCUUUUUGUUCAUCCAUAGAGUUUGGGCUUUAACUUCCUUUCUCUUUCUGUUUUAGGAAUGCAUUUGCUUUGUUUAGUUACUGUCUAGUUUACCUGAGUCAGGUCUGUUACAAUAUCAUUGAAGGUGGCUCCACACCAGUUGAUCUUGAAACGGUUUAUUAGCCUUUCCUAUAGCUGUUCCAUAGAUACUUGCUCCAGUUGACCCAGCUUACCACCCAAAAACAAGUCCACCUUAAAUUUCAGAUGUGAUGAUGAAAAAAGUAUGCAUUUGUUAUUUUUCAGUAUAUUUGCUCUUUGGCAUGUAAUCACUGGAAUAGUCCCAGUGGUGUAAUUACAUAUGUAUUGUUCUUUAACUCUAUAAACAGAUAGCUUGAUCAUUCCAGGAAAUUUUCUCCAGCAUUGUAUUAUUACCUUUAAUCGAUAUUGCUACUCCUUCACCUUUUUUCAAAGGUUCAAUUUAAUGUCAGAGAAAUGUAUACAGUAUACAUCCUGAAAUGCUUUUUCUUCACAA